AUGGACCCACAAAACGGAAUUUCUAGGUCAGAACCUUCUGUUCUACCUACAACACAACUUCCUGAAUCAGCUGCUAGCAGCCAUGCUUACAACAGAGGCGGCAGUGGUUAUCGUCAUUCAUCUUACUCCCCACCAAGACGUAGAAGCCAAUCGCCUAGAGGAGGUGGUUAUCGUAAUGGUAAAGAUGACCGAUACAGAGAUGAUCGAUACGCUAGGGACGAUAAAUAUGAUCGUAGUUACGGUAGAAGUGGAUAUCGAGAUGAUAGAGGUUACCGUGACCAUCCAUAUCCACCUGAAAGAAGAGGCCCACCAAGAAGGAGUAAACCUAUUGAUCGUGGAUCUGAAAAAGAAAGAAGAGAUUCAACAACACUUUAUGUAGGUAAUCUACCUUAUUCUUUUCAUGAACAAGAUGUAGCUGAUAUGUUUGAACGAUAUGGUCGUCUAAGAAAAUUUGAAGAUAGAAGAGAUGCCGAAGAUGCCUUUGAUAAAUAUAAUGGUACUAAUGUUGAAGGACGUCGAUUAAAAUUAGACUGUAAGAAAGAUCAACGUCGUAAAGAUAAAUAUGGUCCCGGCGACCGUUCUUCUGAUCCAUAUGGUCGUGGCGGUGGCGGUGGUGGCUCGCCUGUUGGAAUGAGAGGAUUUAGCCCAAAUUACAGAUCUGGUGGUCGCACCCCAAGUCCCCCUUAUUCUCAUCGAUGA